GAAAGGUAUGCUGACUGUAGGUCAGUUUGCCGGGCUGGCAGACUCUAAGGCCGACUCCGUCGCGGGCAUUUGCGUCCCGGCGGGUUUGGAUGGGAACGACCGGCCGUUGUGCCAGCCUGUCAAAGCAGCCUGGCAGGAAGCAGAGGCUCUCGUCGCGGGCGAGCUCGACCUCAUCCGCAAGGGCAAGGGCGGCGACUGGGACGACCCGAUCGACCCAGAGGUGCGCGAGAAGAAGACGGCGAGCUUCGUGGGCUACUACCACAUUCGCCUUCCAGCGCACCUCAUGGGCAGCGACACGCUGGCGGGCCGCCUGGUCCGCGAGCACGAGCGGCGCGCACCCACGGUCCACGACCUGCGCAAGGUCCGCGCGCUGAACAGCGAGGCCGGGAUCUCGGCGCCGGGCGGCGGCUCUGGUGCCAAGGUCAACGACGACACCUCGGGCUCCUUCUCUG